CUGGCAACCGUUGACAUAACGCUUUGCCGCCAUAGUGAGCGCCAUAGUCACCGUAGCUGUUGGCGACUGUUUCCUGUCAACUGAGGUGCACGCAUUUUCACAUUUUCACUUACAAUCAAGACCAUGCAAUCAGCGUCUGGUCCAGGUACCACCAUUGUUCAUCUAUCUCCGAAAAAUCAUACAAUUUUACAACAAAGUGGUCAACAUGUCCUACUUAGUAAAAUUGCUUCCGACUCUACUAGUAAUCGUCCACCAACAAGUGGAGUGGAAACUAGUUUAUUACAAACAACACAUUCAAAUAACUCACAAACUAUAUAUCCAGCACAUUAUAUUGAAGCUAUCGCUGAACAAACUGUUUAUACUGCAAAUGGAGAAGGCGGUGGGAUUCUCGAAAUUAAGUCUGGUACGCCAUUAAGAAAACUAUUUGCAUCAGUCACGAAAUCUUUGUCUGGGCAUGUUGGUCGGUGGUAUAUGUCGACUUGCAUGAAUUUUACUGAUCCGAUUGGACAAUAUCAAGAAUAUACACCGAUUAUUUAUGCUCCUGUUUCAGGCGGACCAACAUAUUAUCAAACAGCUAAUGGACAAGUUUUAGCUACUGCGUUUGGUGCAGCGAAUAGUGCAACAGGUCAUGUUGGUGCCUUACAUACUGCUGCGGCGGCACAUGCAAAUUUAACUGCCACAGCUGGUGUUGGUCACGCCCAAUUAGUUACACAUCAAGGUGCAACAUAUUUAGUACAAAGUGGUCAAUUAGAUGAUGACGGAUCCUCCAUAUCCCAUACAGCAAAAGCUAGUCCUGUCACUGUUCAAUGGCUUGUUGAUAAUUACGAGACAGCUGAUGGUGUUAGUCUUCCACGUAGUACAUUAUAUUUUCAUUAUUUACAACAUUGUAAUGAACAUAAAUUAGAGCCAAUGAAUCCAGCAUCAUUUGGUAAAUUAAUACGUUCAGUAUUUUUUGGCCUACGUACACGACGACUAGGUACACGUGGAAAUUCUAAAUAUCAUUAUUAUGGUAUUCGUAUUAAGCCAAGCUCACCUUUAAAUCAUUUUAUCGAAGAUGCUGGUUUCUCACUUCGACAUUAUCCUAAUUAUCAUCGUCAAACAAUGGAAGCUGCAGCUGAAUGGAAAAAUUUCACAAAUUCUUCGUUAAAUCGAUUGAAAUCUUUAAGUACAAAUGGGAGUGGAGUUGGAGUUGGGAACACUUCUUUUGGAUUAAAUAAUUUAGCAUCUCAUGUUCAUUCAACAUCACAUAUCUCAUGCAGUAAUGCCAGUAGUAAUUCUCAGUUAUCAUCUCAUUACGGUACCAGUACAACAGUGACAACAUUACGUUCUUCCGAUAAAUCAAUGUUAAAUAAUAAUCUUUAUGUUGGUAGUGGAAAUGUUUCUUCACAUUCCACUAGUCAAAAUGUUGAUAGUGUUACUACAAAUUCAGUAACAAGUCCUUUAUUAUCUUCUAGUAGUGUUAGUAAUGGUCAACAUCAUGCACAUUUUCUUGGUGAAGCUAGUUCCGCAUUGCCUAAUCUAGAUGAAAUAUGCCGAUCAUCUGGUCUUCCUGUGCCAAGUGAAGUUGAUUUGUCAGAGAAUAAAAGUCGUUUAAAAACAGUUGAAACAUCGAAUAAUUUAUCAAUAAAUGAAGAUGUAAUUACAUUUUGUCGUCUUUACGCUUUAUCCGCUGGUUAUAUGCUUGAUGCUGUAGUAAAUUUAGAUUUUACUUCAAUUGAAACAGUAUGGAAAGCAUUUUGGUGUACUGAAGAAGUACGAGAUUCUCGGUUAAAACAAAGUUUAUCACAAGAAAGAUUAUAUUCACUCGUGUCCGAUCCGGCCAUUUUACAAUUCAUUCGACUUUAUGAUCAUACAUUCUAUCAAUCAUUAGCUGAAGUUUUAAUACCAAACGUACUUCGACCUAUUCCGCCAACUCUUACACAAGCAAUCCGUAAUUUUGCAAAAUCUCUUGAAGGUUGGAUGCGUCAAGCUAUACAAGGUUUAGAUACAGAUCUUAUUAAUUUAAAAAUAUCCGCUGUAUGUGCAUUAGCACAAACUCUUCGACGUUACACUAGUUUAAAUCAUUUAGCUCAAGCUGCCCGUGCUGUACUAAAAAAUGCUAAUCAAAUUAAUCAAAUGUUGGCCGAUUUAAAUCGUGUCGAUUUCAAUAAUGUACAAGAACAAGCUUCAUGGGUAUGUCAAUGCAGUGAUUCUACUGUUAGUCAGUUAGAGCAUGAUUUUAAACGUAUUUUACAAAAGCAUGCAUCACUGGAAGAAUGGGCUCAAUGGUUAGAUACAGUAGUGACUAGCAUCUUACAACCACUUGAAGGCAAUAGUUUGGCUUAUACAAGAGCUGCACAUCAACUAGUAUUGAAAUGGUCUUUUUACAGUUCAAUGGUGAUUAGAGAUCUGACGUUGAGAUCUGCAUCGAGUUUUGGCAGUUUUCAUUUAAUUCGACUAUUAUAUGAUGAGUACAUAUUUUAUUUAGUUGAGCACAAAGUCGCUGCACAUUUAGGCAUGACACCGGUCGCUGUUAUGGGUGAAAUGGGUAGAGAUAUUACUCAACAACAUUGUGCUCAAAAUCGAUUACAUUUGGACAAUCGUAAUGUUCCUGGGAAAUCUUCUAAAUCUAUUCACAAUAAUAAUAAUAAUAAUAAUAAUAAUAAUAAUAAUAAUAAUAAUACAACAAUACAUGAUUCUCCACAACAUGAUAAUUCUAAUUAUUUGCCUUUUGUUAAUGAUGAUAAUAAUAAUGAUAACAAUAAUAAUGUAGAUCAUACAAAUCCUAUAUUUCAUCAACAAAAAAACUCAAUUAAUUUAACUAAAGACCGUGUUGUUGUUGUAGGCAAUGAUGAUUGUAAUCCGGACACUAACACUGAUAAUGUUAUUAGUCGCGAGAAAAAUAGACGGGAACAACAACAAUUAGACAGUGAUGGUGUCAUUGUUGACGAAGAUGUCAUGGAUCAUCAUCAUGAUGAUGACGAAGAAGUGGAUGAUUUCGAUGAAGAAGUUGAUGAGUACUUAGACGAUGAAGAUGAAGUGGAUGAUUCAUUAGGUGAUGAAAAUGCCAUGUUAAAAGAAGCACAUGCUUCAGCACAAGCUUAUUGUCGAAAUUCUUCAAUCGCUGCGACUUCUACUUCUACUGUCCUGAUACCUCAAUCAUUAGAUUCAACUGAUGAUAUGCCCAAUACUACUGGCAUGAAGAAAGAUACUUUGAAAAUGGAAAAUGAAGCAAGCCAUGAAAAACAGUCAAACAUUCAAGAUGUUAUUGUCAAUGAUAACGAUAACAAUAAUGAUAUUGUUGACGACGAAGUGAUAGUAGAGAACACUGACGAAGGAACCGAUAACAAUAAAAAUAAAUUAGAGAAGUUAACUCAAAAACAUCCUAAUCUACUCAAUAAUGAUAAAAUUAGUUCGUCGACACCUGUUGAAUUAACUGUUCAACAAUCCAAUAAAGAUAAAAUAUCAACCAGUACAACGACAACCACUGGUAGUUGUUCUCCACCGUCAAUCGUAACAAUGGCAUAAAUAUUUAGUAUUAGAAAAUAUGGAAGCACUGGACAGAUGUUUCGUCCCAGUAUGGAACUCCUCAGUAGUAUGCAUCCUCGAUCCUGCAUUCAAAAAUCGAACCCAGGACUUUCAGUUCCACAUGCGAAUGCUUAACCUUGUGAAUUCGAUUGUGAAAACACUACAAUCUCCAUAAAUCCCUUUACUGAUUAGAAAAUGUAUCAAAAUAAUGGUGCGUAACUGUUAUACAUCUACAUCUACCUGUAAAAGUUUACAAUACUUAUUAAUGACCUUCUUGUAUAAUAUACCAUUUGGUGCAUAAAUUCCAUCAUAUCAUCUUUACGUUCAAACAGAUGGACAAGUAGAAAACUACUAAUUAAUCACCGAGUAGUAGUGAUCAAUGUCGAAUUGCGUAAUAUUGUUCUAUGCAAUGUUAAACCACUUAAACGAGUGACAUAUACAUUAUAAUUUGACUGAUAGGCUUCGACCAUCAAUAAAGGACUAGAUAUAUAUGACAUUGCUUAAUACUUACUAACUACUCAAUGAUCAAUCAAUUAUAAAGUAGGGAAAUAUACAGUCAUUGUGUUUGUAGGUGUAGUUUUUUCGUUUGAAAUUAUGGACUGAAAUACUUUUUCUGUACGUAUGUAGAUGUGUAUGACUUUUACAAAGUCAGUAUAGGAUCGUUGAGAUUAUGAAUCGAUCAAUGUUAGACCACCAUUGAAAACUUGGAAGCACUGGACGGCCGUUCUGUCCUAGUAUGAGAUUCCUUAGCAGUGCGCAUACUAGGACGCAAUGGCCAUCCGGUGCUUCCAGGUUUUCAACGGUGGUCUUACACUGAUCAAUACGUGAUCUCAAUCAAAACUUUUAUAAAGAUUAUUUAAGUACACAGAACAUAAUUAUACGGUGAAUAUUCCUAACUAAUUAGUUAGAAUAAGUCAAAAACAUUCCUUAACUAUUAAUGUCAUGAACGUUUUACAAUAUUUUAAUCCUAACUCAUUCGUUAACUAGCAGUGUCUAUGUAAUCAGCAUUGAGUUAUAGAUAGACUUACAAGUCAGACAUCAACAUAGAGAGCCUGCCACGAAUCUGCAUUGACACAAGUUGCUAUACCAGCUUUUAGGAAGAUGAGAUAGGAAUGGAAGAGAUCGAAAUAAUAUAGUAGCAACGAUAAAAAAGAAAAACUAAACCUUGAAAAUAUGGUUUGAAAAGACAGAAUAUAAGGUUAUACAUGAGGGCGUCGUUGUGACUGAUAGUGAGCCAUGUUACCCGACAUCUGCAACCAUUAAUUACGAUCAUCUCGUGGACUUGAUUCAAGUAGUCUUCACCUACCUUCCUAGCUCAGAUCAAGCCAGUGGCUUCACAUGAACUGACGCCAAGUUUUGGUUGGUUCUCCCUUAGAUUUCUUUCAGCCUACGUCCACACUAGCAAACAUCAUCCGUUAAGGUAACAUAUGUAUCAAAUAUACAUAGUAUAUCUGAAGCUAGACAGCUUCUAUACAAGGCCACAAGAACUGAGUUGCGAUUUAUCUUAUCUUCUGUUUCAACAACAAUGUUAGGUCAUGGAAGGAGUUGAGUUUUUAGAUAAGGUUUAGAUACACUCACCAGAUACUUGUUAGUAAGUCACACCAAUACUCCGUUUCCCGAAUCGAAGUGGAUCGGGCUUUAAACCUGAAAAUUAGUGACUACGAAUCGAACCCCACUUCACAGGUCCUCAGAUUUUGUCAUCUGCGCUUAUUAGAUUAUUCGAUUGUAUUUUUAUUUGUAACUAUUUAAGUAAAUAUUCAGCCGAGCUGACUUGCGAAUCACAAUUACUGUUCCACCAAGGUAUGUAUAUCCACUCACAUGCACAUAGUUGUGAAUUGGUAAACAGUAGGAUGUGACGCAUUUAUUUGCAUGCCGUUUAAGUUCUUGGUGAAGCAAGGAUAUUGUUUUGUUGUUCACUCAUAAUCAUUGUGAAUGGGUAUAUUUCGCUUAUAUAUAUGUGUCACAUUUUUUUCUUUUAUUUAAACACAUAAACAUUAGUACAAGGAGGCACCAAACAGAUAUGCGCCAUACUUCAUCAUUCGAUUUAUGUGAGGGCUAGGAUACUGCCCGGGUGCCCAAACCGAAG